AUGACUAAGGAGCAAAUGACUGUAAAAAACGACUCUUCAGUGUCUGAGUUCAUUCUUAUGGGACUGACAGACCAACCUGAGCUCCAGCUGCCCUUGUUUGCCCUCUUCUUGUUAAACUACACAGCCACUGUGAUGGGAAACUUGGGCUUAAUGAAUCUCAUUUUCCUGAAUUCAAACCUUCACACUCCCAUGUACUUUUUUAUUUUCAACCUGUCCUUCAUUGAUUUCUGUUAUUCAAUGGUCUUUACCCCCAAAAUGCUGAUGAGUUUUGUUUUAGAGAGGAACACCAUCUCCUUCAGAGGAUGCAUGACUCAGCUAUUCUUCUUCUGCUUUUUUGUGAACUCUGAGAGUUAUGUGCUGACAGCCAUGGCCUAUGAUCGCUAUGUGGCCAUCUGUAAGCCACUAAUGUACAGGCUCGUUAUGUCACCUGGGAUAUGUUUUAUGCUUAUGUUUGGUUCUUACUUGAUGGGUUUUGUUAGUGCCAUGGCUCACACCGGGUGUAUGAUCAGGCUCAGCUUUUGUGAUUCUAACAUCAUCAACCACUACAUGUGUGACCUCUUCCCUCUCCUCCAGCUCUCCUGCAGUAGCACCUAUGUCAAUGAACUUGUGAGCUCUGUUGUGGUAGGCACAGCUAUCAUUUUAUGUUGCCUCAUUAUCCUAAUCUCAUAUGCUAUGAUCCUUUACAAUAUCAUUCAUAUGUCAUCAGGUAAGGCUUGGUCCAAAGCCUUGGGCACUUGUGGGUCUCACAUCAUAACUGUUAGUUUCUUCUAUGGAUCUGGCCUGCUUGCUUAUGUCAAGCCAUCAUCUGCUGAGACUGUGGGCCAGGGGAAAUUUUUCUCAAUGUUUUAUACAUUUUUGGUGCCCAUGCUGAAUCCUCUCAUUUACAGCCUCAGGAACAAGGAUGUCAAGCUUGCUGUGAAGAAAACCCUGAAGAGAGUCACUAGCUGA